GUUGGUAUUGUUGGUCCAGGAUUAUCAAGAGAAGCUCAUUUAGUUGCUGAUUUUGGUAAAACAAUUGGUAUACCUGUUAUAUCGUACAGUGUAACUGAUCCUGAUUUAUCUAAUCGAAAUAUUUAUCGAAAUUUUUAUCGUACAGUUCCUUCAGAUAAUUCAACUGCAUUAGCAAUUGUUAAAUUAUUUGUUCGAUUUAAUUGGACAUCAUGUAUAGUUAUUUAUCAAAAUGAUGCAUUUGGAACUGGAGGAGCAAAAAUAAUAAAUGAAGCAUUCAUUAAUAAUAAUUUAUUUAUUGAACAAUUAAUUAUAUUUGAUAUAACGACAGUUCGUAUUCGAGGUGAUUUAAAAAGUUAUUUAAUAAAUAGUCCAACUCGAAUUAUUAUUUUAUGGGUUCAAUCAAAUUAUAUAAAAUCUAUUUUGGAAAAUGCUAUUCAAUAUGAUCUAUUAGCUCCACAAUUUACAUGGAUAUUAAGUUCAAGUAUUUCAUUAAAAAAUUUUAAUGAAACAGUUUAUGAAAAAUUAAUUGGAUUAUUUUCAAUUGAACCUGUUACAGCUAAUGUUGUUAAUGCACCAAUAAAUCAAACAUUAUUAAAUGCAGCCUAUCAAAUUUGGCAACAAUAUGAACCAGAAACAUUUCCUGGUUCAUCAAAUAUAAAUUCUUAUGCAUUAUUUGCAUUUGAUGCAACAUGGACAUUAAUUAAAUCAUUAGAAAAAAUUUGUUCAACAAUGAAAAAUAAUUCUUAUUCAUGUUUAUCUUUUAUUGGAUCUUCAUUUUGUUUUCAUCGACGUUUUGUUCAUUCUGAUUUAUUAUUAAAUGAACUUUGUCUAACAAAUUUUCUUGGUGUAUCUGGUUAUAUUAAAUUUAAUUUUAAUGUUACCGAUCGAAUUAUUGGAUCGUAUUAUUAUCUACAAAAUGUUCAACCGUCUGUCAAUGGUUUAAAUUUUAUACCAAUAUUAGAAUAUUCGGAUUCAACUAAUUGGAAAACAUCGAAACAAACAAAUGUUAUUAUUUGGCCUGGAAAUUCUCUAGUAUCUCCUACUGGUCGAGCAAUACUUAAAGGUAUAUCUUUAAGAAUUGGUGUUAUUGAAUCAAUCCCAUUUACAAUAGUUACAAAUGUUAUUGAUGAAUUUGGACAAAAUACAACGAAAUUCACUGGUUAUGUACCUGAUCUUAUUGAAUUGUUAGCUGAUAAAAUUGGAUUUAUUCCAAAUAUUCAAUUAGCACCAUUAAAUCAAACAUAUUCAGGAUUAAUUCAAGCAGUAGUCAAUGGUCAGUAUGAUAUUGUUCUUGGUGAUGUUACUGUUACUGCUAUACGAAGAGAAUUAGUUGGUUUUUCUAAUGCUAUAUUUGAUAAUUCUUUACGUAUUAUUAUGCGAAAAACACCAUAUGUUACUAUUGAAUUAUUAUCAUUUUUAAAACCAUUUUCACGUAAUCUUUGGUUAUUAGUCUUAGGUGCUUGUAUCUAUGCUGCUUUAUUAAUUUGUCUUGUAGAAAAAAACGAUAAUGAAAUAUUUCAAAAUCGAUCAAUAUUAUCUCAAAUAACAAUGAGUAUUUGGUAUUCAUUUGGUAAUAUUGUUGGAUAUGGUGUAGAUUUUCAUGUUAAUACUGCUGCUGGACGUUUAUUAACAGCUGGUUUAUAUAUGUUAAGUUUAAUAUUAGUAGCUACAUAUACGGCAAAUUUAGCAUCUGAUUUAACAAUAUCAAAAUCAAAAGAUAUUAUUUCAGGAAUAAAUGAUAUUAAAAAUGGAAAAAUUCCACAUAAUCGUAUUGGUAUUCGUAUUGGUACAGUUAGUGAAGAUUAUUAUUUAAGAGAAAUAUCUUCUGGUAGUCGAAAUUAUUAUCCAUUAAAAUCUCGACAAGAUUUAUAUGAUAGUUUACUUGCUGGUAUUAUUGAUGCAUCUUUUAUGGAUAUUGGUACUGGUGAAUAUAUUACUAAUAAUAUUUAUUGUAAUUUAACUUUAAUUGAAGAUGAUUUUGAUAAAGGAGUUUUUGGAAUUGUUACUCCCAAAGAAUGGUUAUAUACUAAAGAUUUAGAUGUUAAUAUUUUAUUAUUAAGAGAAUCAGGUCAACUUGAUGAUUUAAGACAAAAAUGGUUUAAAAAAAGAAAUUGUCCUAAUUUAGAUGAAACAUCGAUUUCUAUGGAAAUUGAUUCAAUGAGUGGAUUAUUUUUAAUUUUUGCACUAAUUACUUUUCUAUCAUUAUUAUUAUCAAUAUGGUCAAAACGAUUAAUAAUUAAAGAUAACUUACUUAAUAUACUACAUCGAAAGGGAUUCUUAUUGAAAAAGAAAGCCAAUAUGAUAAAGCAAUCUUCUAAACCAUCAAAAUAA